AUGGAUUCUAUUCAAUUUCUUCAGAAUAAAGCAGCUAAGCUAGUACUGGAUCGAGCGACAUUUUCCUCUUUAACUCAAGCACUUCUGGAUAUGAACUGGAUCAAUCUAUCAUCCAGAAGAUCAAUGCAACGGUGUCUUUUUAUGCAUAAACUUAUAAAUGACAGUGCAAGAAACAGUAUGAUUACUCAAGGCACAGACUAUCAUAGCCAUAACACUCGCUGCAAGGAAAAUAUUAGAUCUAUUAGAUCAAACACGAACUGGGGUCUACUCAGAUCCUUUAAUAGUGCAUUGACAGGCUGGAAUUCCCUUCCAGAAGACAUGAGAUGUCUACCUUAUGAUGCUUUUAAAAUUUCAUUCCUUAAACAUUUUGAAUCUUAA